AACAAAUCGUAAACACACGGCGUGUGAGAGAGUGUCUCGUUAAACUCAAUUUUCGACAAUUUUCAUUGGAUUUUCCGGAUAAUUUAACCAAAAAUCAUGUCAUUUAGAGGCAGAGGCGGCGGCGGCUUUGGAGGACGAGGCGGCGGCGGAGGACGCGGCGGCGGCGGAGGUCGAGGAGGCUUUGGAGCUCGAGGCGGAGGCCGAGGAGGCGGCGGAAGAGGAGGAGGCCGAGGAGGCUUUGGCGGAGGUCGAAAUUUCGAUCAAGGUCCCCCCGAACGUGUCAUUCCCUUUGGCUACUAUGACUAUUCGUGCCAAGAUGAUCUCGUGCUCAAAGUCGAAAUCGAAGAUGUGCCGUACUUCAAUGCGCCCAUUUUCCUCGAAAACAAGUCACAAAUUGGCAAAGUCGAUGAAAUUUUCGGCAAUUUGAGAGAUUAUUCGGUUUCCGUUAAGCUCGGAGAAAAUAUGAAAGUCAGCAGUUUCACGCCAAAACAAAAGUUGUACAUAGAUCCCGCAAAAUUGUUGCCUUUGAAUCGAUUUUUGCCAAAACCUCCGGGACAGAAAGGAGCUGGCGGCGCAAAAGGACCUCGAGGCGGUGUGCAAAAACGUGGCGGAGGUCGCGGAGGAUUCGGAAAUAAUCGCGGAGGCGGAGGUCGAGGAGGAUUUGGCGCUCGCGGAGGAUCAGGCGGAGGUUUUCGAGGACGCGGAGGAAAUAACAAUCGCGGAGGAGGCGGCGGAAAACGAUGGUAGAAAAAUUUUACCAAAAAUUUUGGUACAAAAAAUAUUUUUUUACAUCGCCUCAUUCAAAAGAAAAAAAAAAUUUAGUUUUUAAGAAAUAACAUUUACCUAAUGAAUAAAACAAUAAGGACUUACAUGAAACAUAA